GGCACCGGAGGCCGCUGCGCGCGGUAUCUCGGUGCUGGAGAAGCGGAGGCGGGGCGGGGGUCCCGGCGGUGGGAGACCAGUCGGAUCAGGGCGUGGCUUGGAACUCGGCGACGGAUUGGACGCCAGGAAGCGAGGGGGGUGGGGCCGGGUGGGGGCGCGGACCCUGAGACCACCCGGAGCUGUGCCCAGGCUGCGCGAGGUCACGGCGGGAAUUCUGGUGCAGUGAGUGACUCAGCCCCCGGAAGGCUCUAAACUGCGUGCGUGUGAGAUGGUCACCAUGGGCCAGUGCUACUACAAUGAGACCAUCGGCUUCUUCUACAACAACAGUGGCAAGGAGCUCAGCUCCCACUGGCGGCCCAAGGAUGUGGUUGUGGUGGCCCUGGGGCUGACUGUCAGCGUGCUGGUGCUGCUGACCAACUUGCUGGUUAUCGCAGCCAUUGCCUCCAACCGCCGCUUCCACCAGCCCAUUUACUACCUGCUCGGCAACCUGGCCGCAGCCGACCUCUUUGCUGGUGUGGCCUACCUCUUCCUCAUGUUCCACACGGGCCCUCGCACCGCCCGGCUCUCGCUGGAGGGCUGGUUCGUGCGGCAGGGCCUGCUGGACACGAGCCUGACCGCCUCGGUGGCCACCCUGCUAGCCAUCGCCGUGGAGCGGCACCGCAGCGUGAUGGCCGUGCAGCUGCACAGCCGCCUGCCCCGCGGCCGUGUCGUCCUGCUCAUCGUGGGGGUGUGGGUGGCCGCGCUGGGCCUGGGGCUGCUGCCCGCCCACUCGUGGCACUGCCUCUGUGCCCUGGACCGCUGCUCACGCAUGGCCCCCCUGCUCAGCCGCUCCUACCUGGCUGUCUGGGCCCUGUCCAGCCUGCUUGUCUUCCUGCUCAUGGUGGCUGUCUACACCCGCAUUUUCUUCUAUGUGAGGCGGAGGGUGCAGCGCAUGGCGGAGCACGUCAGCUGCCACCCCCGCUACCGAGAGACCACACUCAGCCUGGUCAAGACCGUUGUCAUUAUCCUGGGGGCGUUCGUGGUCUGCUGGACGCCAGGCCAGGUGGUGCUGCUCCUGGACGGUCUGGGCUGCAAGUCCUGCAACGUUCUGGCCGUGGAGAAGUAUUUCCUACUCUUGGCUGAGGCCAACUCACUGGUCAAUGCCGUGGUGUACUCAUGCCGAGAUGCUGAGAUGCGCCGCACCUUCCGCCGCCUCCUCUGCGGUCUGUGCCUUCGCCGGUCCACCCACGAGUCUGCCCGCUAUGCACCCUCCACCCGAACAGUUCUCCAAUCCAAUCACACCAGAUGUUUUGAGUUUCCUCUCCAGCAGCAAUGGGAAGAAGAUGGGCCCUGCCCUAAAGGGUUCCCAGAGAGGCUGAGGACCCUUUAUGAGACUGCAUCUGGAAUCUGCGCUCAAAGCAAACAGGCCCCAGCAGGUCCCAAUGACUUUGGAGAAGUGAUUCACGUCCAGUCCGUUCCUUUUCCCUCACACGACGAUCCUUCUCUGACGCCAUGAGUUCUAGUGGCCAGAAACAAAGACUUGUGGAGAGUCACCCUUACUUGGGGUGCACCUCAGAGGAGACCCUCAGGAAGCAUCCUUCAGUAGUUCAGUGACCGCGGGCUUGGGCAUUCUAGGUCCAGAUUGCGGUAAAUGGAGAGAAUGAAUAAAACCGAGGUCAUUUAUAA